CCAAGGUCAGUCCACCUGGAGCUAAGGCCUUCUCCUCAUCCUCAUUGCCAUCAUAAUGCCACCCCUCGGUCAUCCACUACGCCCAGCAGCCAUCAACCUCUACAAGCGCCUGCAUCGUAUCGGUCGAGAGUAUCCUGAUCCCAAUUACAACUUCUUGGGCAAGCUGCGAGGCGUCUCAGCCAAGUACGCGCAUGAGAAGGACGAGAAGGAGGUCAGGAAAUGGCUCGACCUUGGAGAGCAUGUGUACAAGGAGACCGAGACGCUGUACUCGCUCAAGAAGUACAGGACCAUGAGGCGACGAUACAUCGAGGAUUGACGAUAGCUAAGCAGCCACGGACUCUCUCCAUGAUAUCUCUUCGAGGUACCCUCUUGUCAGAGCGAUGAACGGUACAGGCUCAUCAUCAUCGACUCUCCGCCAGGAAACAGAUCGAAGAGCUUUGCCGCACUCGCCCGUCUCCCCUGAGCAACGAUGGCGCCCUUCUCCAUGCGUGCCUUACGACCAUGCGGAUGUAAAGCGGGAUGGUCCAGCCCGCGGUAUCCUUCGACCAGUCAUGAUAUUAUCACCGCCCAACAAGGCGCCUUGCACGCACGCUCACUGUCACCACAAGCCCCAAUGUGAGCCUCUCAAGCUCCCAUUCGUCCGUCCAGACGAAGACAGCGGACCGUCACGAUGUUGUUGCAGCCGCCUACGUUCUUUGUACCAUAUGCGCCCCCUGCAAUAGAAAGAUGUCUCGCUGAUC